AUGGGAAAAGGGCGGGAGGCGGUUACUUUAGAGACGACGCCGGACCUUAACUUCGUCAAGAGCGGGCACCUCAACAUGCUCAUUUACACCAACAAGGAGGGGGAGCAGGUGAAGGUGCCAGUCAACUCCCUCGAGUUUCUUGAGGACCGCCGCGUUGUGCGAAGUCGCUCCAUGGACCAGGUGAACUUCAACAAUGACUGCGUCUUUAAGGUCACGCUGGAGUUCAUGGAGCCAAUGGCGUGCCUGGAAGAAACAGCGGUGCGGGAGUUGACGGACUGGGUGUUGUGUUCCUGCAGGGGGCAUGCGUCGUUUUACUCCCCUGUGGAGAAGAGGUUAGUGCUGCAGCAGUGUUUUGUGUGCCUGCAGAGCAACAUUCCGGAGUUACUUGACCCCUUUAUUUUAGUGCUGUACUUGGAGAAGGACCAAUGGCUUGUGGAGAGGGUGCUGCGGUAA